AUGUCUUCCUCCGGUAAUAAUGGAGCCGUUUAUGGCGGUGACGAAAUAAAUGCCAUCGUUUUAGAUGCUGGAAGCCAUACUACCAGGAUUGGCUAUGCUGGAGAUGACUAUCCCAAGGUGAUUGUUCCCUCCAGUUAUGCAAAGACUGAGGCCAACAAAAAGAUCUUUGGCCACGGAAUGGAGUUUCUCCGGAGCAACCAGGAGAUAGUGCCUAUAAUGAGAGACUCUCUUAUCCAAGAUUGGGAUGGCGCCGUCGAACAAUACCGUCACUACUUUGACAACUUGUUGAAAGUGGACUACCAGGAACAACCUAUCUUGAUCACUGAACCUGUUUGGACUGACAAGGAGUACAGACAAAAGCUCGUUGAGACAUUUUAUGAGCAGUUCAAUUUCCCCGCCUUGUACUUGGCUCGUACCCCAACGUGUAUCUCAUUCCAACAAGGAAGAUCGAGCUGCUUGGUUGUGGAUGUGGGCCAUGACAGUGCUAGUGUAACACCUGUUGUGGAUGGAAUUUGUCUCCUUCGAAACUCCAUGAAAACCAACUAUAGUGGUCAAUUUUUGAAUGACCAUGUUAAGAACUUCCUCACCACAAAAUUCCCGGACGUGAACUUGGAGUUGAAAUACAAGAUCAAGGAGAAGACCCCCACCGUCUAUCCUACAAAAGCGGACUUCAUUGCUAAAUCAUUCGAUGAAAAGAUUACUCAGUCGUACGAUGACUUCCAGGAACAGAAGAUAUACUCAGAGUUCAAGGAGCUUAUGCUUGAGGUCCCUGAGAAGAAGAUGAAUACAAGCAACCCGCAAAACGCUGAAGCCAUCAAGGAGCAGUACGAUGACGAGUCUGAAAAGAGGCUUUUUGAGCUUCCUUCUGGCCAGUCAGUGGAAGCUGGUAUCGACCGUUUCCGUCUCGCGGACACGUUGUUUGAUCCCGCCAGCUACCCCUUCGAAGAUAAAGCGGUGGAUGAAAAGUACCCUGCCAAUAAUGGUGAGCUAGAUAUAAGUAGUCCUUACGAUGACUACCGUCCUUUGAAGAGGGCCAGAAAGACCGGUUCUGGUCCUUCUACGCCUACCCCAGCGCCUGAAAACGGCACCACAGAAAAGACUGCCAGAGGCUUGAGUCACCUCAUCACACAUGCUAUUUCCUCCAUCGACAUCGACUUGAGGACCUCGAUAGCUCAUAACAUCAUUGUCACUGGUGGUACAUCCUUGAUUCCAAGGUUGACUGAAAGACUCUACAAUGAGUUGUCCAACUCGAAUCCAGGCCUCAAAAUCCGUCUACACGCUAUCGGUAAUGCUAACGAAAGAACGAAUCAGGCAUGGAUCGGUGGAAGUGUUCUUGCAUCGCUCGGCACAUUCCAUCAAAUGUGGGUUAGCAAGGCCGAAUAUGAAGAAGCUGGUGUCGACAGGAUCCUCACCCAAAGGUUUAGAUAA